AGUGUCGUAAUUUUCCGGCUCAAGCGAGGGCUGAUUUAAGAGGCGAGGCCCUUUUGAAAACCCCCGCUCUUCUUCGCGGGUUAACGAUCUCUUGCGGGGUGGCGGGAGAAGCACUGAAGCGAAGAGCUCCCGCUUGUCGAGACCUAAUGGCUGCGGAAGGGGAGGUAUUCGGAGAAAUGGCGUCCCCGAGCGAAUGGAUUCCUCACGUCCAUGCCUUUGUUGAUCUUAGCCUCUCGCAGGAUCAUCACGAUGCAUGUCUUGGCAAGAUUGUUUCAUUUAUAAAGACUGACAUGUUAACAUUAGAAAUCUUGGUUAAAGAAAUGGAAAUGUAUUUGACCACUUCAGAUGCUGUAACGCGUGCAAGAGGCAUUCUUCUUCUAGCUCAAGUUCUCGUUAGCCUUGUAUCAAAGCCAAUAGAUGUUGCUGCAGUUCAUAGCUUGAUAGAUUUUUUCACGUCUAGAUUGGCAGAUUGGCAGGCUAUACAUGGUGCACUUAUUGGUUGUGUGGCACUUUUACGAAGAUAUAGUGCUGUUGGAAUGGUUUCAACGUGUGAUGCAAGAAAUCUUGCACAAUCUUUUCUGGUGAAUCUUCAGGUUCAAGCUCUAGCACAAGCGGACCGUAAGCUAUGCUUUGAACUUCUUGAGUGCCUUCUGUCUGCACAUCCUGAUGCGCUCAGGCCACUGGGUGAUGACCUUGUUUAUGGAGUAUGUGAAGCAAUUGAUGAAGAGAAAGAUCCUUGGUGCCUAUUGCAUUGCUUUCGCAUUGUGGAGCUUCUGGUGGAUCUGUUUCCUGAUCCAUCUGGUCCUCUAGCAAGCUUUUCCAAGGAUAUUUUUGAAAUAUUGGGCCGCUAUUUUCCUAUCUAUUUUACACAUGCAAAAGAUGAUACACUUGAUGUGAAAAGAGAGGAUCUUUCAAGGGCUCUUAUGAAUGCAUUAUCCUCUACUCCUCUUUUUGAGCCAUUCUGCAUUCCACUGCUUCUUGAGAAGCUUACUUCAUCAUUACAAAUAGCUAAGAUUGACGCUUUGAAGUAUCUUAGCCACUGUGUGAUACAAUAUGGGUCGGAUAGGAUGUCAAACCAUGCCAAAGCUAUUUGGUUAUCCUUGAAAGACAUAAUCUUUACAUUUUCAUCAUCACAAGAACCAGUAACCUCAUCUACUUUGGAGCUGCUGGAGAACCAAUCCAAGGAGAAUGAAGUUAUGAAAGAAGCUCUUAUGUGCUGGGCAAACUGUGUUCUGGUAUGUGAUGGGUCAAAUGAGGUCUUCCUUCCUCUAAUGAUGCAGGACAGUGACGUGGUGAUGAUAUUCAGUUCCAUAACUGGGGAUUAUUGCUGGGCACACAUGUCAACAGAAUGCAAAAAGAGGUUAAAUGCACUUGGUAGUCUUGUAUAUGUGGCUGCAAAAGUUUCAUCUACUUGCUGCACCAAGGUUAUUGAAAGUUUUUUUCCACGCUUAAUGGAUUUACUGGGUAUUUCUUCAAGAGAUGUUCCUUUGGAUUCAGUUCCAGAGGUGAACAACUCACUUUCCAUUAAGUUGAACUCUGGAGCUCUUUUCCUAUGCAUUGAACUUCUUACUGCAUGUAGGAAUUUGGCUGUAGAUUUGGUUUCUCGAGAUGUUUCUUCCCAAUGUGUUCCUUCUCAACAUGGUUGGUUCCAUUUGCUUCAAAAUUUUGCUGAACCUUUGGUACUUGGUCUUAGAUUUGCUUUAUCAUCAGCUGAAAGCACUAUUAUUAAGAAUCAGGCCAUUGAGGGGACAGAUGGAAUAUGUGUAGUGAGAUGUUUGCAGAUAUUGGCAACGUUUCCAGGUUGUUUUUCACCACUCCCUGAAGCUGUGUUUGGGGAUAUUCUGAGGAGCUUUAUUUUGGUCAUAGCUGACAGCUGCAGAGAGAAAGCCUUAUGGAAACAUUCUUUGAAAAAUCUGGUGCAAAUUGGUUCAUCAAUUGAGAAAUUUGGUGACCCAAAAAGAUGCAUAAGCUACAAAAAUAUUGUUGUCGAGAGGUCUCUAUCAUGGCCCAUGCAUGAAUCUUCUGUACCUCUGUCAGUGAAGCUGGAGGUUCUGUUUGACAUUGGCACCACGAGGGUUGAUUUUGCUGUGAGAAUACUUGAAGGACUGAAGGAGAUUCUUUCUAGUAAUCUGAUUGAGGCUUUGGUUAAAGGGAAUCACGUUUGUGCAAAAAUAGCAACUAGCGUGUUAAACUGCUUGUCAAUUCGGUUGCUUCCAUGGAUUUCUACCUGUGGAAUGGCACAAUUGGUUUCAGCAAAUCUAAGGACAUAUACAAAUAGUGUUGUUCAAAUCAGAGAGCUGCCAUGCAGUGAACUUUGGAGCUUUAUGACCUUAUUAUCGGCUUGUUCCCCCUUAUCAAGCAUGACUUGUGUUGAUGAAAGUUUGAUAUUACCUGAAAAUCUUUGCAAGCAGAACAGUUGCAAAAGUUUUCGGGAACCUUCUCUAAUUUCUUGGUUUUUCGACCAGGAUGCAGGAAAAGAAAGUAAAGAUGAAGCUUUUCUGCUCCUCUCUGAAAGCUUGUGGCUUUAUUUAUCUACUAUUCUGGAGAUCAAUCUAGGCCUUCAAGAACAUGGUCUUUUUGAUGCAUUGAUGUUAAUGAUGCGACUGGCUGUUUCAUACUGCACUGAAGAGCACCAAACCUUGAUUGUCAUGAAAGGAUAUCAGAUUCUGAUGGCAAAAACAUCAUUCCUUCAUAGAGACUCGUGUUUCUUCAGUGCUUCUGCAUCGGAGGACAUUAUAAGACGAACUACUGCUUCCUACUUUUCUCUGUUUGAUAAAUGGCUUGUCUCUUUGCUAGCUUCAGUCGUAAUUGCUCUUCGUCCUCGUGUGAUACUUCCAGAUGUAUGGAUGUUAUUAAAGAUUUUCACUGUGGCAGUUAUUACUGGACUUGAAGCAGCAGCUCAAGCAUUGGGAUCCAUGGUUAACAAAUGGCCAACAGCAUUGGACACUGAUAUUGUUGGUGCAUGUACACUUGAAGAUGCAUUGGACUUCAUAUUGAAAAUUGUCUGUGACAGCAGCCGUUGGAAUAAUCAGUCAGUAAAAUGUGUAAGUUUGGCUAACAUUCAAAAGAAUAUUACGCAUAUCAACAUUGAUGGAGGAUGUUUUGUUGACACUCAUGCUGUAGUUGGGAUUGCAUGGAUCACAAAAGGUUUGGUGAUGCGAGGUCAUGAGAAGGUCAAAAACAUGGCAACGUUUCUGUUGGAAUGUUUGUUAUCAAGUGGAAGAGUCAAACAUUUGACAGUACAGAUAGACAAUGGCAGCUUUAAGGAUAAAUCAGUAGAAAGCUUCGAGGAUAAAUCAUUUGAAGCCUCCAUCAGUGCUGCCGAUGCUUUUCAGUUAAUUUCUUCUGAUUCUGAAGUUUCUCUAAACAAAAUCUUCCAUGCAUCUAUUCGUCCGCUAUAUAAGCAACGCUUCUACGCAAGCAUGAUGCCUUUGAUAAGCCAUAACAUUGCAGAAUCUGAUUUUUCUGUAACCAGGUCACUUUUGUACCGUGCUCUUGGACAUAUUAUCUGUAAUGCACCUCUUGUGGCAGUUCUGUCAGAAUCCAAGAAGAUAGUCCCAUUGCUGCUGGACGGUUUAAGCACAUUGAGUGAAGAACAGCUAAAUAAAAAUCUCAUCUACAGUCUUUUGCUUGUUUUGUCUGGGAUUUUAGUGGAUGAGAUUGGAAAGGAAGCUGUUUUGGAUAACAUGGCUUCUAUCAUUAAUAACCUUGUUCAACUAGUUUCGUUCCCUCACAUGAUGGUUGUCCGUGAGACUGCAAUACAAUGUCUUAUUGCUAUAAGUGGACUACCUCAAGUACAAAUUUUUCCUUAUGGUAGACAGGUGUUGAAAGCUAUUAGAAGGGCUCUUGAUGAUCAAAAGCGAUCAGUUCGCCAAGAAGCAGUCCGCUGUCACCAUGCAUGGGCAUCAAUCACAUCAAAAGUUGUCUAAGUGUUGUUGGGGGUUUGAAGUGCAUGAGGAUUUCUUGAGGCAUCCAGAAGCCAGAGGACGUGGACACUUUCAAAACAAAUGUAAGGUUUCAUGGCUAUUGGCCCAAUCACUCCUCAAACUUCCCAACGAUGUGGACAGGGCACUAGAAGUUGCCGGGAGUCGACAGUAUCUUUUGGAAGAGGAGGCUCACUCUCGGGUCAGAAUCAGUUGGCCUCCUCUGGAAUUGUCUUUCCGUUCGACUUUUGAAUCAGGAAUGUUGAAUGAGACUACCACCAGUUAGCUGUUGACUUGUAAGUUCAGAUGUUGAGUGUUGAGGCUAAUGACAGAUUCAAGUCGAUGUUCCGAUUUUGUAGGUAGUGAACGUAAUGGACUUGAUCUAUUUCACCAGUUUGAACCUUUAAUCGUGUUAAAACAUGAACCGGUCGUAUCAGUAAAGGGUGAUAGUAUCAAUUUUUCAUAA